CCCUUUCAGGACCGAUCGGGGGGGGCUUUGAUGUGUUUAUUAUUAUUUUGUUGUUGUUUUGGUGGCUGUUUUUAAUUCUGCAGUACAGUGUCGUCUGUAUCGAGUUCACAAGGUUUGAUGAUUUCACGAUGGGUGAGGUUCUUAUACAGAAGAUUUAUGUAGAUAACAAGCGCUGUAUUUUUUUUGGGGGUGGUUUUUAAGUGGCACUGUAUAACACUGGGGUUUGAGAGUCCGCUCCUGUUUGUAUAGCUGUCUUGAGCCAUUCCAGGUUUUACUCCUGAUCUCUGGUUAGGAUUUUAGCUGAAAUGCCACCAAAUCUACAGGGAAACCUGGAAUGGACUCUGCAGCUAUGCAUUGGGAGUCUUAUUGCCAUUGUGUAAGACUCCCUUUGCAUAGCACUUUGAUCCAUUCCUGGUUUUAAUAUGAUUUUAAUAAUCAGACACACCUGAGCUUGUUACCUAGACACACUGGGGCUGAUCAAGCUGGUAGUAAAACCUGGACUGGGUGACAAUGCUGUGCAAUAGGAGUCUGAUUCCCAUCCCUGACCUGGGAUAACACUGUAAUUACACUGUACUUAAGCGUUUUUGCCUUUUUGUUUAGUGAAUGCUUAGCAUUUUGUUUUGCUUGCUGUAGCCAGUCAGGACAAGCCACGGCUGUUUUUAGAUUUAUUUUAUUUAAACUACAGGAAGUCAAGCAGACCAGCGUUUUCGGAUAGCGUGCCCUGAAGAGGGAGGCAAUCGCCGAAACUUGAAUUUUAGUUUCUCGAUAGUUGUUACCUAAUUAGAAAUUAUUUUUUAGAGCAUUUUACAGCACUGAUGGAACCAGGCAGACAGAUGCACGGCAAUCUGAUCAAGCCCUUAAGAAAGCUCCUGAACAAGUAGCAAGUAGCGAUUUUUUUUUCAAUGUUUUUAAUUAAGCAGAUAAUAAUGAACCAUCGAUUACAAGUUUUCGCUGGUGAUGCCCUACAAGCGAACGCACUGCAGCCCAGCUCGCUAGCUUAUGAUCCAUUCUAGCAGGAAACUUUCUGUAAACGGCUGUGCAAUGGGACUGGACUUGUACUGAUCCUGAGCGAAUUUAGCUACGGCAUUCUGUGUACGUGUGCCAUUUAAUACCCCCUAGAGUUGUUUAACUUUAUCGUUUUUUUUAAAGUAUUUAAUCCCUGAAUUCCGAUCUGUUACAUGCAUAUAAAAACGACCCCCGCCUCUCACCCUAAAUUAUAUUUAGGGCUUCUGUCUCUUGGGUUUUAUCAAGUGUAUUUUUCGGUGCUUAUUUUUAGCUGUUUUCGAGGUUUUAUGUAAAUCGUUUUUUUUCGGGGGUUUUGUUUUUGAUAUACUGUAUGAAAUUAGUGUUUUUGGUUACUUUCCAAAAUGCCUGAGCGGUUUUUUCUCUCAAAAUAUGUAUAGUAGUAACUCGACAGUACUUGCACACUUAAGCUGUCCCUUCUUUCGCUGUCUUCCACAGUGAAAUCCCUCUGGUCACGGGCACAUUCUUCUGGGGUUUUUGUGUGGAGGCAUUUUUGUACAUUUCGACACAGUUCUGUUUCAGAUCCUCUGUAUCUUAACUGUAAUACAGCUUGAAAUCCCGCUAACAAGCCUCCAUCCUGAUUGAAAUCUCAUUUUAAAUCUCAGAACGAAUCAGUGAUAGAUACAAGUCAGGAAGGCGGGACAUUGCCCAGCAGCACUGGGAAAUGUAUGUAUUAUUCUUGUAGUAGGUUUUAUUUUUUAAUGGUUAAAGGGUAAAGUCAGUGUGAAUUGAUUAACCGUUUCCACAGUUGUUCAGGUGUUUUCUGGUGUUUAUUGGCUAUCCACAGAUUUCGUUUAUUUUGUAUCUGGUGUUUUAUCGGUUAAAACCGAAAAUCAGAAGCCCUAAUUAUAUUUUAAUCGAGGGAGCGUUGUUGGUUUAUGUACUUCAAUGCAUAUUUUUUUAUUAUUAUUUAAUAUUAUCAUGCUAUUUAAGAGAUUUGUUACAAAUAUAAGAUCUUUACCUAUUGUUAAUAACCCGGAUUUGGUUUUUAAGGAAUUUCAUGCACAGACACGGCAUUUGAAUCCAGGUUUCUCUGGGAGUUGAGCAUCACAGCGCUUUGAGUUUUAAUCUCGCAGUUGAACCACAGUGUGUCAAACUACCAUGCAGAUAAGAGUCUUGUUCGAAUACUUUCUCUCCAAGAGAUGUCGGCUGCUUUUGAGGUCGCUAGUAAAGGGGAAAAUGUCCCAAAGCCAAAAAAAAAGUCAGGAUUUUGUCUCUUUUUUUUGUGCCAUCUUUCCGUUUUUGCCUUUGCUGCGUGCUCUGUGAUUUUGAAACACACUGUCUUUCUCGAGGCGCCACGUUUACAAAGGGUUACUGAGCGUUUGCCAAGUGCUUAAAGAGCACUGUGUUUGUGUUUUUUGCAGCCAGAGAGAAGAAAAUGUGUGAACAGUUCAAAUGUAAAGUAGAAACAGGCUAGCGUUCAUUUGACAGGCUCCUGCAUGCACGGCGAUUUUUGUUUUGUUAAAGUUACAGCAUUUACAAGAAACUUAAAACAUUUCGCCGUACGAUUCAGAGCAAAAGUAUUUGAGACAUUUUAAGGGCGAAAUUCUCAAAGCGGUUUUACUCAAUCGUGAUAAAGCAAUUUUUAAAUUUUUUUUUUUUUAGAAAGGAAAAACGCACCCAAUAAAUUUACCGAACCAGAGACUUUUAACUUCUGAACUUGUAAGCUGUCUUAAGUCGUUUCUUUCUUUUUACGUUUUAGAAUCGUUUCAGCUAAAUAUUGUGCAAGUUGGAGUAAAUGUCUUUUGAGAAUCCAGCUUGCGUAUGAAACGUUAUUGAAUUGAGCUCGUUUCUCUUAGUAGUUGUUUGUUUAUUUAGCAGACGCCUUUAUCCAAGGCGACUUACAGAGACUAGGGUGUGUGAACUAUGCAUCAGCUGCAGAGUCACUUACAACUACGUCUCACCCGAAAGACGGAGCACAAGGAGGUGAAGUGACUUGCUCAGGGUCACACAAUGAGUCAGUGGCUGAGGUGGGAUUUGAACCGGGGACCUCCUGGUUACAAGCCCUUUUCUUUAACCACUGGACCACACAGCCUCCUUAGUAUUGCUGCUUAUACCACUACUGUGUGUGUUUUAUAGUAAUGGAUAAAAGUUACCACAUUAAGUGAGGCAGAGGCUAGUUUCUAAUGGGUUACCCGAAUGUCACCUGCAAAUCUAAAGCAGUUUUUAAAUACAAUUUUUAAAAACAUUUUAAAAUGGGCUGAAAGGGAGGGAGCCAGAUAGAGCACACAUCCCUUUGUGAAACAUCUGUGACUGUAAAUCAGUUUAUUAUUAUUAUUAUUUUAAACAUGUUUUUUAUUUAACUCUGUAAAUGCUUUCCAAGUGGGUCCAAGUCGCUUUUAUCAGUUUUUAUACCUGUGUGAUGUUCCCUUCAAUGGGUUUACAAGGACAGAUUUCGUUUUUGUUUCCAGGGGGUACACAAUAAUGAGAAAAUACUGCAGAGGAAAGAUUAUAUUGUAGGAUUUGAAUUAGGACAGCAACUAAGAAGCGCAGAGAGUAUUGAUACCAAUGGGAAAACAAGAAGAUAGCGAGUGUUUUUACUUAUUUUGUUUUAUUUAUUUUUACAUUAAAUAAGUCAGUCGGUCUCAUAAUUUUUAUUUAUGAACUUAUUCCAUUCUUGGAGACAAUCUUGUAGUUUUUGUAAAUGUUUAAGUUUAAGUAUCUUGCGCUCUCAUUUUGACCGAAGUUGUCUUGCUGUCUGAAAAGGGGAUGUUUUACUUUUAGGGGGAAAAAAAACAAAAAAAACAUUGUCUUGUGGUUUUAAUAAAGUGUGUUUUGGAUCCGAGGCGCGGACAUGUUGAAAUAAAUCAACCUUUCAUGCCGUCUCUGUCUCCACCCCCUCCAAACGCUACCAUUAGAUUUGUAUCGAGGAAAUCCUUUUCACAAGAUAGCCAUACUGUAUUUAAAGCUAUAUUAAGAAAAAAGAAUAUAUAUAUCUAAAAUGUAUUUUCCAAUAUCUGGAUGUGAAUAUUAAGUGUCAAUAUUGUUACUGUUUUGAACUGUUUUUUUUCUUUCUUAUUGUUACUAAACUUCAUUUCUGUAUCAAAGUGUAUAGGACUGAAUUCUACUGGGGGAGGGCACAGAGUAAAGCUGCAGUUUGUUAAACGUCCAGUAGGUGGCUUGCAUGUAUAUACAGUUAAGUACAAUUGUACGUUUUCGUUGCAGGUCAAUUCAGUGUCUCAUUGGAAUGUUGUCAGUAAUGCUACAUGGCAGUUAGUGGCGAUCAAAAAGUGGGCUUUUCAUGUACCAAAAAUCAUUUCAAAAUUUACAGGAACAGUCCUACAUUUUCAAUUAGCUAGAAAAUAAUGAUCUGUAUUAGAGUGAAAAAAAAAUCUGUGGCGUGAAACACACCUGGUAUUGGAGGAAGGGGUGAAACCCUUUCUGUACAGUAGAACAUGUGCAGCCUAUUUCAGACGUCAGUCUCAUAUGGCUUUAUACCAGGGGUGUCAAACUCCACUCCUCGAGGGGGGGGCCUUCUGCUUUUCAUUCCAACUUAAACUCUCAAUUAACUUCAUUGAUCGAAUUGUUUGUUCAACUGGAGAUCUUUUACAGUUCAGGAUUUCAAAAAAUGCACUUCAUUCAAGGUUCACUGCCUGAGAAACAUGUUGAGUCCUGGAGAGAAGUGUUAGAAUUUGUCCCAAUUAAUCAAAUAAUUAGAGCAAUUAAGUAAUUGAGAGCUCGGGGUGGAACAAACGCCAGGAGACACUGCGGCCCUCCAGGAACUAAGUUUCACAGCCUCCUGGAUUAAUCGAUUUUAUAUAAACCAGGGCUUCUCAAACUCAGUCCAAGCUCUCAAUUACAUAACUAGACCCUUCAUUGAACUGAUCAUUUGCUUUAAUUAGACCUUUUUAAUUGUUUUCAGCUCCUAAACCGUUCCAGAUUUCAAGUUAGCCGUAACAUUUUAUAAGUAACUUGAAAUCUGCAACUGUUUAGGAGCUGAAAACAAUUAAAAAGAUCUAAUUGAGCAAACGAUCAGUUCAAUUAAGGGUCUAGUUAAGUAAUUGCCACUAGCGUUUUGUUCUUCAGCCGGAAUUGCGACUUGAGUUUCAGAUAACAUAAGAACAUAAGAGCAUAAGAACACAAGAAAGUUUACAAACGAGAGGAGGCCAUUCGGCCCAUCUUGCUCGUUUGGUUGUUAGUAGCUUAUUGAUCCCAGGAUCUCAUCAAGCAGCUUUUUGAAGGAUCCCAGGGUGUCAGCUUCAACAACAUUACUGGGGAGUUGGUUCCAGACCCUCACAAUUCUCUGUGUAAAAAAGUGCCUCUUAUUUUCUGUUCUGAAUGCCCCUUUAUCUAAUCUCCAUUUGUGACCCCUGGUCCUUGUUUCUUUUUACAGGUCGACAUUGUCUAUACCUUUUAGGAUUUUGAAUGCUUGAAUCAGAUCGCCGCGUAGUCUUCUUUGUUCAAGACUGAACAGAUUCAGUUCUUUUAGCCUGUCUGCAUACGACAUGCCUUUUAAACCCAGGAUAAUUCUGGUUGCUCUUCUUUGCACUUGGCAGUAGUCCGAGCUAGCUCCCCCCCGCCUCCCUGUCAGUGAAAGCGGUCCCUCUCGAUGAGCGGUGAGAUAAUCGGACAAACUGGUGAAGCUCUCCUGCGGUCAGCGCUGGAGGGCGGUUGGGAUGAAGUGUUGAGAACGUCUUUCUGGCUGCAGUAAAGAGGGGAGAGUGACUUGCUAGUUGACGUACGGAGAAGAUGAUCACGUUCUCUGUAGAUUCACCUGGUUAGUAAAUAAAGAUCUGUGGAGUCAUGCCGGUUAGAAAAGGCCAUUCACUUGGGCCCUAUUCACGAAACUUUUUAAGGAGUGUUUUCAGGGAAUGUUUUUUGUAUUUCAAAGCUUAAAAACAAAACCUUAUGUUAAAGUAAUGCGAGUAGAAAUAAAGUAGGUGGUAAAAUUAAAAAAAAAUUCAAGUCCUUUUGAUACGGUCGUCGUUUUUAUUGCGUUAUGCAGGAGCCGCUUCUCGCAAGCACACGAGGUCGCCCUGGGUAAGGGUGUCUGCUAAGAAAUAAAUAAUAAACACUUAUUGCAAGACUGCAAGAACAGUUCUUAUAUAUAUAUAAAUAUGACAUAUAUAUAUAUAUAUAUAUAUAUAUAUAUAUAUAUAUAUAUAUAAAUUGACAUAUCUAUCUAUCUAUCUAUCUAUCUAUCUAUCUAUCUAUCUAUCUCUAUCUAUCUAUCUAUCUAUCUAUCUGUCAUAUUCCCUAUGUGGUUGGACUGUGUGAUAAUGAAGUGAAUUGAACUGGGGUGUCUUGUCUCUGUGCCUAGUCCCCGCAGUGUAGAGUUUGUUAAUUUCUGAACCUUUUCGUUAUUUUGUGUCAAAGCUGUAUCAUUAAAACCUGUCUUCACAUUCACACGCAUCCAAACAUGUUUACCUUAUUUAUUAUAUACUCUCUCUUGUGUUUAUGAAUUAUUAAAAAUGUCUUGAAUCGUGACUGCCUUUGUUUCUUCGUUAUUCAUUCAGGUGUUUGGUCCUCGCUCUGUGAAGCCGGUUCAGACAACGUUUUCAUUGUUUCUGGAUUUUUCUCAUGCUUAUUGUAAUUACUAACAAGGUAUCCAAGGACUAGCGAGGAGGAUUCGGAUUAUCAGGUGUAGGAGGGUUGAUGCUCCAGUGGUCUUGAUACCAGGAGGUUCAACUCCCGGCUCAGCCACUGUCUCCCUAUGUGUGACCCUGAUCCUCCUUGUGCUCCGUCCUUCGGAUGAGACGUCAAACAAACAAGCUCCUAUUGGAAGUGACUCUGCAGCAGCAGCAGCAGUUGUUGAUGAAGCAGAGUUUGCCCCCUAGUUUCUAAGUCUCUUUGGAUAAAAGCGUCUGCUAAAUGACCAAAUUAAUUUUUUACAUACAAUUACAUUAUUUUUUUACACAUUAUUUUUACAUACAAUUACCCAUUUAUACAGUUAGGUUUUUACUGGAGCAAUCUAGAUAAAGUACCUUGCUCAAGGGUACAGCAGCAGUGUCCCCCACCUGGGAUUGAACCCACGACCCUCCGGUCAAGAGUCCAGAGCCCUAACCACUACUCCACACUAAUAAAACAAAGACUUAUGCUCUUAUUAUUAUUUAUUGAUUUGUCAGAUGUCUUUAUCCCAGGCGACUCACAGGUGUUCCAGGGCAGUACAGGGUUAAAUGCAAGCUUCAUAUUUAAACACAGUGCAGCUUACAGUCAGUGCAAAUAAUAAUAAUACUGCUAGAAUACAAUAUGAACUAGGAUGCAGCCAGUUAGGAUCACAGCAAGUUAUAUCUACAGUGACAUGUUAGCAGUGCAAUAGUGCAUCAGCUGAGGAUCCAGUUCAUUUAAUUAACUUUAAAUAUAUGACUUCAGUUGUGAGGGUCUUAUUUUGUAAAAUGAGCAGGUGUUUUAUCUCUAAAUAAGGAGUUAAUUAAAGAGAAGUAAAUGCUUUGAAAAUAUGUACCUUCCUCUGUUGCCUGGAACAAAAGUGGAGUUUAUUCUCUACCCAUAAUAACCGCUGAUGAGCCCUCUGCGUUUAAGAGAAAUAGCUUACCCACUUCCUCCUAAAACAUACCGAGAGAUGCAGAGAAAGAGGCUUCCUGCAUAUAGAGUCGCUGUCAGAGUGGCAUGACAAUAGCCUGUCCCCUAUCCCUCGUACCCCACACCCCUGCUAAGGGAACGCUCCGAAAUUAGCAAAAUAAGUUUUAUUCUCUCCGAAGCUGGAGGAAUUUUAUUUUUCUAAGUUUAAAUUAAAAUAAUAAUUGGUGCAAGACAGAUUUCACGAAGAUACAGAGGGUCACACAGGAAGAAGGAAGUGAUAUUGCAAAAAAAAAAAAGUCGCUGCCUCUCUCUGUGAAAGAACAGAACAUUUGAAGAGAGAGAAAGAGAAGAGAGUGGAGGCAGGGAGGCUGGAGAAAUGUCACUGAAGCUGCCUCGGAAUUGGGAUUUCAAUCUCAGAACCGAAGCCAGUAGGAUAGCUCGUUCCAAGAGCCUGAUGCCUGGGGAGCCCUUCUCUGGCUUGGGUCGCCCUGUGUCCCCCAGCACCCUGGAGAGACCCCUCAAGACGGGCUGGCUGAAGAAGCAAAGGUCCAUCGUCAAGAACUGGCAGAUGCGCUUCUUCGUGCUGAAGGGACACUACCUGUAUUACUACAAGGAUGAGAAGGACAGCGCGUACCAGGGUUCCAUCCCUCUGCAAGGCAGUCAGGUGAACGAGCUCGCUUCAAACCCAGAGGAACCUGGCAAGUUCCUGUUUGAAAUCAUCCCAGGCAGCUGUGGGGACCGGGAGCGCACGAGCCAGGACUCCCACGUACUGAUGGCAAACUCUCAGAACGAGAUGGAGGAGUGGGUGAAAACCCUGCGCAGGAUGAUGGGCGUGCCCGCCAGCGGAGCAGUGUUUGGGCAGAGCCUGGCUGACACGGUAUUGUACGAGCAGAAGUUUGGCCAGCACCUCGUCCCUAUCCUGGUGGUGAAGUGUGCGGAGUUCAUCCUGGAGCACGGGCUCAGCGAGGAGGGGAUAUUCCGCCUGCCAGGGCAGGACAACCAGGUGAAGCAGCUCAGAGACGCCUUCGAUGCAGGCGAGAGGCCCUCGUUCCCCAGUGACACCGAUGUCCACACGGUGGCGUCCUUGUUCAAGCUGUAUCUCAGAGAGCUGCCAGAGCCUGUCGUCCCCUGGUCACAGUACGAAGACUUCCUGAACUGGAGCACCGACGGAGAGGCGGGCCAGAAACAGCUAGAGAAUCAGAUUGCCCUUCUUCCCAGGGCCAACUACAGCCUUCUCAGCUACAUCUGCAGGUUUCUGUACGAAAUACAGCGGAACUCCAGCGUCAACAAAAUGAGCGUGGAGAACCUGGCAACCGUGAUUGGGGUCAAUCUGCUGAAGCCAAGAAUCGAAGACCCGGUAACUAUCAUGAAAGGCACGCCCCAGAUUCAGAAGGUCAUGACGGUGAUGAUCAGCCGCCACAAAGAGCUCUUUCCCAAGUCCAAAGACGUUGCCCCCGCGUCGCCAGUGCAGAAGAGCGACAGCAAGCGGUCCAACGCCCCGCGCAGCUUUGUGGGCUGGGACGUGGCAGAGGACACGAGCAGCGGCAAGGAAGACACGAACGAUGAACUCGCGUUCUCGGAGUCUGUGGAGAACCUGUCCUCCCCCUCCUAUAGUACUGCUGAGGGUCCCGGGACCCAGCCCUCCGACGGAGGAGACCCCUGGACAGCCAGCCCCCGCAAGCGCACCCAGACCCUGCCCUCCCGCAAGUGUUCCUUCGGCUCUCAGGGGGAGGCGGGGGGCGGCAGGGCUGGGAUCCUAAACGAUGACAUGUGGAACCUCCUGGGAACCUCCCCUCCUAGCUCGGAACCCGAUAAAAGGACCCUAUCAGAAGACAUUUUCAAGAUUUUGGACCUCCAGCGGGUGUCGCUGUUCCCAAGCUCUACGAUGUCGGACGAGAGCGAUCAUAGCGCCACAAACGGGCCAGAGGGUAAAGUCACAGAAGCAACAGCAGCAGCCAAACAGACAGAGAUCCAUUCCUUCAAACCCAAGAGCCUCACUCCCCAGACUAGAGAAAUAAAGAGCCCAAGGGCGAUGGAUAACGAUGAGAGCAAGGCAGGGGGUCAAGAAGCACCAAGGAACUCACUCCCGGGGGGAGACGUGGAGCUGAGGAAAGAAACAGAGAGGCAGAAGUCUCUCUACGAGGCUCACAUCAGCAGCCUGGAGAAGACGAACAGUGAGCUGUCUGUCAAGGUGUCGGAGCUGCGCGAGUCACUGGCGGAGGAGAGGAGGAGGAGCUCCGCUCUAGAAAUCCGGCUCCGGAACGUGGAGCGGGCCCGGGAUGAAGCGGAGAAACGCAACAAAGCACUGGACAAGGAGAUCCAGGAAUUCCUCACCAAGACCCCAGCCUCCUAAAGGAAAGUCCAUCCUUCGGAUGAGACGAACGCGGUCCUAUUGUGAGUGACUCUGCAGCAGCAGUUAUUGAUGCAUAGUUCAACCCCUAGUCUCUGUAAGUCGCUGCAGAUAAAAAGCAUCUGCUAAAUGAUUCAUUAAUUAAUUAAAGGAAAGGCCGGUCCUGGAGCAGUUUGUAAGUUUGGAGUCUUAAGACAAGGCUGUCAUAUAAUUUCUAUAGACUUUCCGGUGUUGUGUAAAGAUGUUUCUUGUGGUCAUCAAUUGGGACUGAACGUGAAUGAAAGCAAUGGGUCUCCAAAAACACCUUCCACCCAACAGCAGAGGAGAGGGAGCAAGUCUGAGCCGCACAACAUCACACAUUUUAAGAAACAAGAUGAGGUCCCUUUUUUAUUUUCUCCUGGGAUCCCUUUGUUGUUUUUCUCCUCGUAAUGACCUGUCUCCUCUCCAAGAACUAUUAACUCUGUCUCGUUCGUUGAGAUCAGAAAAUGCAGAACUCGGUUGUGGAACUCCGGUUACCAUUAGGCAGGUUGAAACACUGGAUUCUUUUAAGUCUAAACUCAAAACCUACUGUUUUGAAUGUGCUUUUAUACAAUGGGUUGUAGCUGGAGUGCAUUGUACAUGUGAGCUCUCCUGUUUCGUUUUUAACUUUGUACAGCGCUCUGGGAUGCCAUGGCGUGAAGGGAGGGUACUAUAUAAAAAUACAUGUGUAUUGAGUAUUUUUAAAUAUUCUUGAAAUGUAUUUGUUUUACGACUGUAAGUCGCCCUGGAUAAGGGCGUCUGCUAAGAAAUAAAUAAUAAAAAAUAAUAAUAUUG